AUGACAUGUGAGCCACUUUUUUGGCUACUUAAGAAAGUAGUUCCCACAGUAUGGAAUGAACAAUGCCAAGAAGCUUUUGAGAAGAUUAAGAAUUAUCUGAUAAAGCCACCAAUACUGGUUCCACUGGUACCUGAAAAGCUAUUAUUGUUGUAUCUCAUAACUAUGGGUAUAGCGAUAGGGGCUUUGCUUGCUCAGUACCUAGAGGAGUCUAGGAAAGAGAAUGUGAUCUACUACAUCAAUAAAAAGAUGCUGGCUUAUGAAGAGAAGUAUUCACCACUUGAGAAAAAAUGUGUAGCACUUGUAUGGGCAAACCGAAAAUUUAGAUAUUAUAUGCUUGCUUUCAAGGGAGUAAUUGCUGAUCACUUAGCCCACUGUUCACCUGAAGAAACUGAAGAGAUCCAAGGUGACUUUUUAGAUGAGGAUAUCAUGGGGAUCGAGGUAGAAUCAUGGAAGAUGUAUUUUGAUGGAGCAACUAAUCAAAAUAGGAGUGGCAUUGGAGUUCUCUUAAUCUCUCCAAAAGGCACACACAUCCCAUUCUAUGGUAGGCUAAACUUUCCUACCACUAAUAAUGCCACUGAAUUCGAAGCUUGCAUUAGGGGAUUACAAGCAGCACUAGGUCUUAGGGUAAAAGAGUUGGAAGUAUAUGGUGAUUUAGCCUUGAUAAUUUCUCAGAUUCAAAAUAGAUGGAAGAUCAAGGAAGAAAUGCUAAUGCCUUAUCAUGAAUGUCUUCAGAAGUGGACCUCGAAAUUCAACAUGAUCCAGUACCAAUAUGUGCCAAAAAUGUAG